AUGAUUCUCUUUCUGCUGCUGAAUCUCUGCGUCCAGACUUCAGGACAGGAGCAGACUCCUGGUCGCUGUGAUCUCCCUCAGAGAUUGGACGUCCACACGGACUGCACCUCCUGCGCCGCCGCCCUCACUGCCAGCUGCCCACGUGGCUUCACCAAGGUCGCCACCACCAACUGCAGCUACGCGGUCCAGAUCGGCAGCAGGGAGCUGGAGCUGCUGGGGUGUCAGCACGUCUGCGUGAAGACGGUCCAGCACCCACAGUGCUGUCCGGGACACUGGGGUCCACUUUGUCUCCCCUGUCCCAGAUGGUCGGGGAGAACAUGUAACUUCAACGGAGUCUGUGUUGACGGAGACGUUGGUAACGGCACCUGCGUCUGUAAUGAGGGUUUCUCUGGUUUCGCUUGUCAUGAGUGUAAAAAUCCAAAUGCUUUUGGAAAAACGUGCAAUAAAGUGUGUGACUGCGUGCAUGGAGUGUGUAAUAAAGGUCCAGACGGCGACGGACAGUGUUUGUGUCAGCCACCGUACACCGGGAAGCGCUGUGACGUCGUGAGCAGCAGGUGCAAGAGCUGCAGCUCCUACUCGUACUGCAAAGGAGACGGCGACGACGCCAAGUGUGAAUGUUUGCCUGGACACAGGAACAUGUUGGGGAAUAAAUGCACACAGAUUUGCUCGAUGACGGACUGUGACGUCAACGCUCGGUGUUCCUUGAAGGGCUCAAAGAUAUCAUGUGCCUGUAAGCCCGACUACAUGGGGGACGGCAAGGUCUGCGUACCCCGAAACCCAUGUUUAGAGAACAGCGGAGGGUGUCCCAUCAACUCCACCGUCUGUGUCUUCAAGGGUCCCAACAAGUCGAGCUGCGAGUGUAUGUCCGGCAUGGCGCCUCUGCGUGGCAGCCCUGAGUUUGGCUGCCAGCUCCUGUCUGCCUGCUCACCUGAUACCUGUGGCCCCACCGCUGUCUGCCGGACUGAACUGGACGGAAAACCCAGAUGUGUGUGCGAGGCGGGUCAGAUUGGAGACGGCCGGCGUUGCUACGGUAACCUGAUGGAGCGCCUCAUCGAUCUGGACUCGAGCGGCAGCCAGAGAGAGAACCUGACCGGAGCCGUCACCUUGUUUGAAAGAGGCUGUCAGAUGCUGCUGAGUCGCUCCGGACCCUUCACAGCCUUCUUCCCGCUGCUGAAACAACCUCUGACAGGUGCUAAUGAGGCGGUGGUGUGUAGAAACCACCUGAUCCUGGGUCAGCACCUCUACAAAGACCUGCAGGGACGAGACUUCACACUUUUCGGAGGAGAAAAGAUGAGGGUCAAAGUAAAUCAGAAGUUCAUCCUGAUGAGUAACCCCAGCCGAGUUUAUACAGUCAUCCAGUCGGACCUGCCGGCAGCCAACGGGAUCAUCCACAUCAUCGACCGGCCAAUCACAAACAUGCUGUCUGACAGGUCGCCCAAAGAUGAGCAGUUUGCAGACAAGACGAUUGGGGAGAUUCUGACCCAAGAUGUGAAGUUCAACCGCUUCUUGUCUUUGGUUGACAACUGUGGGUCUCCUCCUCCUCUUCGUGGACCAGGACCCCUCACUGUGUUUGUUCCCACUAACGAGGCUGUGGACCGAGCCCGAGACGGCAGCAUCCUGUACAUGCUGAACGAUGCCAAACAUAAACUUCAGGAGCUGCUCCGACAUCACGUUUUCUCCCAGGCUGUGCUGACCGUCGACGAGUUGGCCGCUCUCUCUCACUUUCGGACGAUGGCCAAUCAGCGGGUCUCCAUCACUUCAUCUGAUGAUGGCGAGAUCCGGUUGGGUGAGAAGGGUGUACGUCUGGCGAGCACCAACAUCGUGGCGUCCAACGGGAUCAUCCACAUGAUCGACGGGCUGCUGUACCCGCCCUCCAUCCUGCCCAUCCUGCCUCACCGCUGUGACGUCACUGACAGUAAAAUCACUGUGGGUCCGUGUGUUUACUGCAGUUUCCUCCAUGAGACUCGGUGUCCUGAAGGCAGCGUCGAAAUGGACAGCCAUCAGAUCGGCUGCGAGUAUGUCCGAACUUUUAGCUCGCAAACAUUCGGUAAAGGCUGCGCCAAAUACUGCAACUCAACCAGACAGGUGCCACAGUGUUGUAAAGGGUUCUACGGUCCGGACUGUAAACCGUGUAUCGGAGGAUUCCAGCAUCCCUGCUACGACAAAGGAACGUGUUUGGAUGGUAUCCAUGGGAACGGCUCGUGUAGCUGUCACUCAGGCUUCAAGGGAAUCGCCUGCCACAUCUGUUCUGAUCCAAGCAAACACGGAGACAGCUGUGACAAAGAGUGCCGCUGCGUCCACGGUGUGUGCGAUAACCGUCCCGGCAGCGGCGGGGUGUGCCGGAGAGGAUCGUGUUUGGAGGGAUACUCCGGAGAAUGUUGCGACAAGAAGGCCACGCCGUGUAACGCUGACGGCCUGCUGGAGCACUGUCACAUGCACGCGUUCUGCACGCAGACAGGACUGGAAACCUUGUGUGUGUGCAACGACGGAUAUGAAGGUGAUGGUCACUCCUGUACGCCCAUCAACCUCUGCCUGAAGGACGUCCGAGGAGGCUGCGACACCAACGCAGAGUGUGUGUAUGCAGGUCCAGGUAACGUGUCGUGUGUGUGCGCCGAGGGCUGGACAGGUGACGGCAAAGUGUGUGUGGAGAUCAACAACUGUCAGCUGGAGGGCCGAGGAGGCUGCAGCCCCGACGCCAACUGUAACCACAUCGGACCCGGACAGAGCGAGUGCGUCUGUAAAACUGGUUAUAUGGGGAACGGGAAGGUGUGUGACCUCAUCAAUCCCUGCUACACAAACAACGGGGGCUGCCAUGACUUGGCAAAGUGUGAGCAGAAGGAGGGCGGAGUUCACACCUGUACCUGUCCUGACGGCUACGCAGGAGAUGGAAAGAUCUGUUACGGAUCAUUACUGGAUGAGCUGGACAUGAACAUAAAGCUAUACAGUUUCUACAAGCUGAUUCAGAAGUUCAGUCACUCCUCUGAGGAUCUGAGCGGGAACCUCACAGUCCUGGCUCCGUCUCGAGAAGCUCUGAGGAACAUGAGCGCCAAGGAGAACUCGUUCUGGACCAGUCGCCACCACCUGCCUCACUUCCUGCGGGCUCACUUCCUGGUGGGGGUCUACUCUGUGGAGGACCUGGACGGUCUGGUGGGAAGCAGGCUGCCCACUCUGAACCCGUCCACGCAGUGGGAGAUCAGGAACGUCAGCGGGAUGAUUUAUAUUGGAAACGCCUCCAUCGUUGUACACAACCUUCCUGCAGUCAACGGGUACAUCCACGUCAUAAACCAGAUUCUGACCCCCCUGUCAGGUCUCCCCCCUGAACCUCCGACCCUGAUGGCCUUCCUGAACUCGUCCUCCAGCUUCUCUCUGUUCAGACGAUACGCUCUGAUGUACAACCUGUCAGAUCAUCUGAAGGAUCUGGACUUCACUCUGCUGCUGCCGACCGAUGAGGCCGUCAGGCAGCACCUCAGAGAGACCAACUCAUCGGUGCUGGACCCGGAUACGUUUCAGUACCACGUGAUCUCCAAAGAGCUGCUCUUCCCGGAUCACCUGCACGACGGUUUGUUGAAGAGCACGCUGCUGGGCGCCGACUUCCAGGUCCAGUUCCACCUGAACAACAACAACCAGACAGUCGUGAACAACGUUCUCAUCAACAGCAGUUUCACUGAAACGCUGUACGGCGUCAUCAUCGUCCUCCCGCAGGUCCUCAAAGUUCAACGCAACCGAUGCAGCCAACAGGUCUCCCUGCACAUCAAAGGAAGGUGUUCGGAUUGUGAAGGACCACCUCGGUGCCUCUUCAGCUACACUCCAAUCAGAGAGACGUUUCCUGCCAACAUGAAGUCCAACUGUUUGUACAGGAGGCGAGUGGGAUCCAGGAGGAAGUCUGUGCCAGGCUGUGUCCUCCAGUGUCUUCGGCUGACCACGGACCACUCCUGCUGCCCUGGUUUCUACGGCCACGAGUGCUUCAAAUGCCCCGGAGACGUCGGCAGCUGGUGCUCCAACCACGGGGCGUGUCAGGACGGUAACCACGGCAACGGAGAGUGCCGUUGCUACGAGGGUUUCCACGGCACCGCCUGUGAGGAUUGUGAGCCGGGACGCUACGGAGUCAACUGCUCCUCCAAGUGUGCGUGUGAUCACGGGAAGUGUGACGACGGUCUGACCGGAAGUGGCCGGUGUGCGUGUUACAAAGGAUGGAAAGGAGCUUCCUGCUCUACAGAAAUCAAGGAUGACGCCUGUGGAGGUGUGUGCGAUGAAAACGCCAACUGUCUUUCAGGUCCUCAGGGAUCAGCUGGUGCUGCUUGUGUUUGUGUCGCUGGAUAUGAGGGAAAUGGAACCUUCUGCAAAGAGGUGGAUUUGUGCAGCAAAUCUAACGGUGGAUGUUCAGAGUUUGCUGUGUGUACGAAGGUCUCAGGUGGAGAGAGGACCUGCGCCUGUAAACCAGGGUACACUGGAGAUGGAGUCGUCUGCCUGGAAACCGACGGCUGUCUGGUCAACAACGGAGGCUGCCACAGCGCAGCAGAGUGCAUCAGAACCGGCCCGAAUACCACUGCCUGCGUGUGCAGGAUGGGCUUUCGAGGAACAGGAAGGUUCUGUUUUCCCGUCAACCCCUGCAGAACCAACAACGGCGGCUGCAGUAAAUAUGCUACCUGUGGGUUCGAUCAGGGUCAGAGGAACUGCACCUGCCUCAGGGGCCACGUGGGCGACGGCUUUGAUUGCAGAGGAAACACCAACAAUGAGGUGUACCGUCAGUCGGAGAACUCCUUCUUUCGGCAGAUGUUAUCUAAAACAGAAUCUCUUGGUCUUUACGGUGACGGACCGUACACUCUCUUCGUACCGCUCGAGGAAACCAACAAACAGUCUACCGUGGAUGAGUGGAAGAGGUUGGGUCAUAUCGAGCAUCUGGCUCGUUACCACAUCGUUUCCUGUGAGAUUCUGAAACUAAGUGAUCUCAAAACCACCAAACGGGCCGUCUCUGUGUCGGGAUACACGCUGGACUUCAGCCUGCAGCAGGGUUCUGUCUGGAUCAACAACAUAUCGAGGAUCGUGAAGAGUGAUUACACCACCAGUAACGGGGUUAUUCACCACAUUGACACCCUGCUGACGCCCUACAAGCUGCAGGACAAACUGCAGAUCGACUCUAAAACGAUGAACUUCAGCACAGCAGCCACCUUUUACGGCUACAGACGCUUCUAUAAACUCAUUGAGGAUGCAGGUGUACUGCCACUGCUCCAGCUGUCCAUCCACCAGCCCUUCACCAUCUUCUGGCCCACUGACAAGGCCCUCGACUCCCUGCCAGCUGAAAGGCUGCGCUGGCUCUCCAGCCCCGACAACCAGGACCAGCUCGCUGCUACCGUCAAAGCUCACAUCAUUCGCAGUUUCAGGCUGACGGGGGUCGGUCAGCCGAGGCAAACCACGAAGUAUCGGACCAUGCACGGAUCAACCAUCAAGCUGAGCUGCGACAAGACGCUGGUGGGAUCAGUAUUGAUUAACGAAGACGCAGCCAGGCUGGAGGAGCGCUUCAUGUCCUUCAAAGAGGGCCUGGCGUAUGGCAUCGACCAGCUGCUGGAGCCGCCCGGACUGGGAGCGUUCUGCGACAGCAUCGAGAACAAAACCACCUCCGGACUCUGUGGAAGCUGCCUCAUCCCUCCAUCCUGCUCCUUCGGACACUCGAACAUGGGGAGGAUAACUCGUUGUUUCAGGCAUCACACAAGGUACAGAAACGUCUACGCCCAUUGGUAUGAUGACCUGGAUGAUCGUUUCAGCCGGAUGGGCUGCAAGAGAGUUUGUCAGUUUCCUUCCUGGAUCCAGAAAUGCUGCAAAAACCACUACGGCAGGGACUGCCAAGUGUGUCCGGGGGGUGUUGUGGACCCCUGCGGCAGCCACGGGGACUGUGACGAUGGUGUUACAGGCUCAGGAGUCUGCAAGUGCCACAAAGGAUUCAAAGGAAAGUCGUGUGAGCUCUGCGUCAGCGGUUACUACGGGGCCAACUGCACAGCCUGCAGCUGCAUGAUGGGAAGCUGUGACGACGGCAUCGACGGGACCGGACAGUGUGUCUGCAAGCCCGGCUGGGAGGGAGAUCGCUGCCACAACAAGAUCGGCUCCGUGCCGCAGGAGUGCCAGCAGUGCCACGCUCAGGCCUUAUGUGUGGUUGUGCCCCUUGUCGUUUGUGUCUGUAAACCCGGAUUCGAGGGGAACGGGACUUUCUGCAGUCCGGCACCACCUCCGGAUCUCUGCUCCGAAUACAACGGCGGCUGUCACCUGAACGCAGACUGCAACCAGACGGGACUGCUCGUCAACUGCACCUGCCGCAGCGGUUACCGUGGAGACGGCUUCUCCUGCGAGCCCCUCGACAGAUGUGUUGAAGAGCAGAACGGCGGCUGCAGUGACUUCGCCUCCUGCAAGUUUACCGGUCCGAACGAGCGUGAGUGUGAGUGCCUGCCGGGAUACGUGGGUAAUGGAGUCCAGUGUCUGGAGAAGGUGGUGGCCCCUGUGGACCGUUGCCUGGAGAACAAUGGAGGCUGCGAUCCUGUGGCUACCUGCAAGGACCUCCAUUACCACGCCAACACAGCUGGAGUGUUCCACCUGCGCUCACAAGAUGGGAAGUACAACAUGAACUUCAGUCAGGCCGCCGCCGCCUGCCAGGCCGAGGGUGCCAUGCUGGCUACCCUCAAACAGAUGGGAGACGCACAGCAGCUCGGGAUGCAUCUGUGCGUUGCCGGCUGGAUGGAGGGCGGGAUGGUGGGCUAUCCAACCCGCUUCCCCUCAGUCAGGUGUGGUGACAACCACGUGGGCCUGGUGAUCUACAAAGAACCUGUGGACCAGAGCAGCAAGUACGACGCCUACUGCUACAGGCUCAGCGAUGUGUCAUGUGCGUGUCCUGAUGGUUACGUUGGAAACGGGGAUUUCUGUAACGGCGUCCUGACCAAUGUUCUGGCAACAAACAGCAACUUCUCCAUCUUUUACAAGUUGCUGUUGGACUACAGUGGCUCGUCCUCGGAGGGCAGACGACUCGUUGAAGUUUUGUCCCACAGGAAGUCCGAAGUCACGCUGUUUGUUCCUCAUAACUCUGGCUUUCCACAAAACCAGACUCUGUCUGGACGAGAUCUGGAGUAUCACAUCUCAGCCAAUCACAGCCGGAGGCCGUUCAAAGACCUGAGACACCAGGAAGUCAUCGCCUCACGGCUCGGGUUCAACCUGACCGUUACCCACGGCAGCAAUGAGAGCUGUAAGCUGGUGAACCAGCGGCUGCUGCUGGAGUGGGACAUCCCUGCCGUCAACGGGAUCAUCCACGUCAUCGAGGCGCCACUGACGGCCCCCGCCCCGCCGGCAAACCACAGCGCCAGCCGAGGCCACGCCCACGCCACUGGUGCAGUGUCGGCCAUUUUGGUGGUGCUGUUGGCGUGCCUGUUGGCUGCAGUCGGAUACUACCUCUUCAAACACAAGAUGGACGCCUUCCGCUUCCACUAUUUCAAAAACGAGGAUGAAGACGCAGCGCCGGGCGGUACCAACAAACCCACACUGGUUUCCAUCCCCAACCCACUGUACAGCGGCUCCAGAGCCUUCGCCGAGCCAUUUGGGGACGGGGGUCAGGAAGCAGAGCCCAAAGAACCCCCAAACAUCCUGGAGCUGGACCAGUAGAACCUCUUCUCUGAUGUGGUCUUGUUACAUAGCCUGAUUAAUAAAGAUGGAGUUUGUUUGUGAACAAAAUGUGUUUUUCU